AUGGAGACCCCUCCGGGUUCCUGCCGCGACCUUCUUCCCGCCUCUGCAGCCGACUACUAUUGGAUCUGGUGCUGCUGGGGGUGCUGUUACUUGGGGUGCUGCGUCUGGGGGGUGCUGAGCCUGUGCGUGAGCUGGAGUUCCUACGGGUCGUGCUGCUGGGCUGGAGGUCCUGCUGCUGGGGGUGCUGCUGCCAGCGGUCCUGGGGGUGGAGGCCCUGGAGCUAGCGCUGUCGACCUUGGAGUUGGAGGCCCCCCGCUGUGCCCCCCCGCCGCUCACACGCUUGACGACCCCUCCGGUUUUUCCACCUCGACGUCUUCGUCGCCUCUACGGCCGGUUCCGGUUGCCUUUGGUGCUGCUGGGGGCGGUGUUUCUUCUCGGGCUCUUUCUGCUGCUCGAGCUGCUGGAGCGAGUGGUCGUGGAGACGCUGGGAGCACUGGUGUUUCUGGUUCUGGAGGUGCUGGUAUUGGAGCUGCCAGGACUGGCGUUUUCCUGCUGGAGCUGGAGGUGCUAGUUCUGGGGGUGCUGAGUCUCCUGGCGGUCCUCCUGGUGCUGCGUCGCAUGGCCACCUCUCUCGCGACAGCAGCUACGCGAGUGCGAGGCUGGAAACUGGAGUUGGAGGUGCCGGUUCUGGGGGUGCUGCGACUGGAGGUACUGAGGGGGGAAACCCUGGAGCUCGAGGUUCUGGCGCAGCUGGCGACGCUGGAGCUGGAGGUUCUGCAGCUGCUGGAGGCGCUGGAGCUGGCGGUUCUGGAGUUGCUCGAGGCGCUAGGGCUGGAGGUUCUGGAACUGCUGGAGGUGCUAGAGCUGGCAGUUCAAGAGUUGCUCGAGGCGCUGGGGCUGGAGGUUCUGGAGCUACUGGAGGCACUGGAGCUGGAGGCUCUGGAGCUACUGGAGGCGCUAGAGCUAGAGGUUCUGGAGCUGCUGGAGGCGCUGGAGCUGGAGGUUCUGGAGCUGCUGAGGGCUGCUGCCUGA